GGCGGCUCUUCGAACCAAGCCCGACUGAGGGAGGGGAGAAGGGCGGAAGCGCCCCAUGGAUGCCGCCAUCUUGGCUAAGACGGUAGUCGCUUGCGACCAAAUCUCCUUGUGUGCGGUUCCCUUUGAGUUGAGAGGAAAACGGGUCGCCGCAUGGCGAAGAGUCUGGUGAGCGAGCAUGAAGCGGAGAACGCAGACGAGGAUGCGGGUAUCGCAGUCUGCCUGCUGGAUACUGUCUUGGGCUCCUUGUACGAUUUUGGUGAAUCAUUACAUGAAGGAAACAAGAAGAAAAGAAGCAAAAAGAAAAAAUCAAAGACGUUAGGAACAACAGCCAGCAGUACUUUCCCGGAAGAUGACAGCAUGAAACAUGAAUACAGCACAGUAACAACAGGCAAGAGGCAAAGUACCUCUAGCUUCUUUGAAAAUUUGAAAAAUGAACUGGAUUUUGAUUGUAUUAAUCUGAAAAGGCCUCUCCAAGAAUUGAGUGCCUCUGACAUUGUCCCUCAUAAAUGUGCCACUCCUGAAAAAACAGUAGAGAUAGAAGUUGUUACAUUCCAUCAUCACAAGAGGAAGAAGAAACCUACAGUUGAAAUUGCUGAAGCUUGCAGCUCCAAGGCAGAGAAGACUGUUCACAAAAAGAAUGUGGAUGGACAAGAUUUUAAUUUGGAAAAAGCCCGUUUGGAAGUGCACCGGUUUGGAAUCACUGGAUUUGAGAAGAAAGAACAACGGAUUAUGGAACAAGAACGUGCUAUUAUGUUGGGAGCAAAGCCUCCAAAAAAGGAAUAUUUGAACUACAAGAUUUUCCAAGAAAAACUCAAGGAAAAGAAAGCAAUUAAGAAAGAAGAAAACACAGUGGAAAAUAAAUCUGAUUCUCUCAAGAGGAAGAAGAAAAAAGGGCAGGAGGCAAGCAGAAAAUCCAAAAAGGUGAAGCCCAGCAUUCUGCCAACAGGGCAAGUUGGAAAAUUUAAGAAUGGGACCCUUAUUCUUCGUAGCUGUGACAUAAAGAAAAUCAAAUCUUCCAAAAUGAUUAAAUGACAUCACUGAAUCAUGUUUGCCUAGAAAAUGAGAUGAAUGUAUUUAAUAGUCUAAACCCUUUUUAAUACUGCUCUGCUGUAUAGAAAAGUGUGAUGAUGGAAUGUUGUAACUAAAUUGGGAGACAGUAACAGUGUUAUUGUUUUUAUCAUCCUGAUUAACAGUUGACAGUGCUUCUCCAAGCUAAUUGAAUAUUCUGCUAAUUGUUCAUUAGUAUACAAUAAUUAAAAGCAUAUCAGAACAUUAAA